AUGGAUUAUAAAGAAAGAAAGGAAAUAGCUAUUAAAUCAGUAUUACAUAGCACCUAUUUACUUCGAAACAUUAGGAGAUGGAUAAAGUUGAUCAAUCGAAUCAGCACAAGAGAGUUGAUCAAGACAAGACUACAGAUCGUACCCGAGUACGAUAGAGUGCACAAUUCAAAUGUUGAUAGAUACUAUAAAGAAAUGUUACGUCAUCCCAAUUUGAUGUGCAAGACAUUCAAUCAAGCAAAUAGUGUGAUGUGGUUACUAAAGAAUGGGUUUCACUAUCUCUUGCGAGACAAGAUCAGAGCUGGUCACGAACUGACUUUUGACGGCAAUUGGAUGGAUCUUGUCACCAGAGAAACCUUGUAUAUCUUUAUAGAUGAAGAGAUUGAACGUUUGGUGAAACAAUACUUUGGAUCGAUAAAGGAUCAUUAUGGUGCACAUCUUGGUAUGUUAGAGGGUGCUGGUCGGUCUGGUGACCACAGAAUGGUGACUGUUGCACAUAGUAUCAUUACAAAGUUUAAUUUUUCAAAGAUGCUCUAUGCUACUUGUUAUGGUGGUAACAUCUAUUCAAUCCAAUUCGUUUUAAAGUAUGCUACUACUGUUGAACGUCAAAAUUUUGACAUGUGUCUGUACAAUAUGUUGUUGUCAGGCAAUACAGCAGAAGCGGUAGAAUAUCUCAUCACACUAUUAUCAGAGGAUAAAUUGGUUAGAAAGUAUAAUGUUCAAGGAUCUCAUGAUUAUCCCGACAUUUUUGAUAGACUGCUCAAGAUUGGUGACGUUGGUUUGAUUCGUCGUUUGGUCAAAGAUUUAAAGGUGGUACAUUAUGAAGAGCCAAGACUCGAGAUUUAUGCGUUUGGAGUAAUGGAGGAUAUUAUGCAAGUCACCUCUCAACAAAUUCAAGUAUUAUCUUUGGCUUGGGUGGAACUUGGGUCUCACAAACUCAAAGCUUCACAUCAAGUAAUGGAAUCAAGAUUUGAAAAGGAAAUACCAAUUGACUGGAUCGGUACACACAAGGAAAGAAUUGUAUCAAGAGAGCAAUUGUUAAACAUUCUCACUGCAUUCGAGUUGAUUUUAGAGAUUUACAAGUUUCCUCUUUAUAAUGGUAUUCCCACCCAAUCAACUGGUGAGCAUACCGUUAGACUUGCCAAAUUUUCUAGACUCAUCGUACCAUCGUUGGCAAUGAUCAUGUCAUUAUCUGGGCAUCAAAAGGUUGCUGAAUAUAUUGGAACUCAUCUUGGCAAGCUAUUAGACAUUGAUCAAUUGUUUUAUGCAGCUUGUCAAUCUGACUAUAUCGAAAAUGUAUAUUAUUAUUUCCCAAUGUAUCAAUUAAAACGACAACAACAACAACUACAACAACAACAAAAGAUUGAAGAAUUAAAAAAGAAAAAAAAGAAUCUUGUAAACACAACCGAAAAAUUCAUUCCACCAACAACCAGCAAGUUGGAUAUAUUCCUAUUUCUAAGCAACCAUUUUAAAUAUGAAACAGUUCAUGAUUUAAUGCUCAUUAUCAAUGCUGCCAUCAAGGUUGGUAAUGUCGAGUUGGUUAGACAUGUAAUACAUACCAAUAUCCUUGUAUUGACAAGUAUUAGCCUCGACAUUAUAUUCAAUAGUUGUAAUAUAGAGAUUGCUACCUUUUUAUUGUCAGUCUAUUACCAUCAAAAAACGAUUAGAUUUUCAACCAAUGAAUUCGAUCGAAUUAGUGGACGACCCAAAACAGCCUAUUUCAUUGUACGAAACUUUAUUCAACUACAGGCAUGGAUGUAUUUUAUGACCUUUGAUCAAGGUUAUUACGAUCAAGUUCUCUGUAAACUGGCACUAUUCUUAAACAGGCCCGAAGUCUUUUCAGUAUUUAUGCCACGUUCUGUUCCAACCGAAUUCUGUUUUGGAGGAUCCCCUGAAGCCAUCAAAAAGACAUGUUUACGUGUAUCAAGGUAUGGUUCAGGCGAGAUUAUCAGCACUCCAGACACAUGGGAGACGAUUGGAGAGAUUGGAAGUACUGAUCUUCUUGACCUAGUCAUGGCUAAUCAUAAGGAAUCGGAACCAGUUUUAUCUAGGGUCGUCAAAGGUGCUUUCAAAGCCAGCAACCAUGCUCUCAUUAUACACGUGGAAUCCAAAUACUACAAAACCUACUAUACCAUGGACAAUAUCACCGAAGCUUUAAAUUCCAAUUGUUUCAAGAUUCUAUUUCAUUAUUUUGAAAAGAAUCGUUCAUCUAGAUGUUCCGACAUUGUCAAUCGAAUCACUACCAUAUUAAAUAAUUCCAAACCAAUCAUUAACAAACAAAAACAACAACUUUUAGAAUUAUUAAAUAAAUAA